AUGAUAAAUCCUAAACUACUGGUACUGUUCCUGGAUGCUGUAUUAGUUAUGGAAUGUAUUUCGUUUCUGCAUAACGCUUGGAUGUUUACAACUUCAACAACCUCAAAACCAGGCUGUUCAAUUUACAACGAUGAGCAAUUGCAUAUUAUCAUGGAUCGAGUUUGUGAAAUUUGUCAUGAAAUGUAUUCACAUCAAUAUCCUAAUACAAGGGCCGAUUGCAGAUCGGACUGUUUCCGGAGCAAGCAUUUUCAAUCAUGUUUGGAGCAUUUUCGACCUAUGAUUCCGUAUGGUUGA